CCGGAAACGGUCGUGCGGACUACAAAUCCCACAGGGCGGAGCGCGGCAGCGGCGGACGGGCGGCAGAAGCCGGUGGGCACGCGGUUGUGUGAGGAGAGCGGCGGCGGGAGAGCAGGCGGCCACUGCCGGCCUCGGGUUCUGCUCUCACUGUAAGACAAACUAAUAGCAGCAAUGCCUUCUGAUCUGGCCAAGAAAAAGGCAGCCAAGAAGAAGGAAGCAGCAAAGGCUCGUCAGCGUAGGCCCAAAGCCACAGAAGGUACUGAGGAAAACGGUGACCUUGGCACAGAUGAAGUGGAGAAUUCUGAAAGGCCACAGAUCAAUGGAUCUUCUGGUCAUGAUGCAGGCUUGGCUCGGAUAAUCAAUGAGCUGGAUGAGUUUGAGCUGAAGAAAGCAGCAGCUCGGGCAGUCACAGGGGUGCUGGCCUCUCAUCCCAACAGCACGGACGUUCACAUCAUUAAUCUGUCACUCACGUUCCAUGGUCAGGAGCUACUAAGCGACACCAAGCUGGAGCUGAAUACUGGCCGUCGCUAUGGCCUGAUUGGUCUUAAUGGCACUGGUAAAUCAAUGCUGCUGUCUGCUCUGGGUCACCGGGAGUUGCCGAUACCAGAACCCAUUGACAUUUACCACCUUACACGAGAAAUGCCGCCAAGUGACAAAACGCCACUGGAUUGUGUGAUCGAGGUUGACAAGGAGCGCAUUGAAUUGGAGAAGGAGGCGGAGCGUCUGGCCCAUGAAGACUCUGAAUGUGAGAAACUUCUACAAAUCUACGAGCGUUUGGAGGAGUUGGAUGCGGACAAGGCAGAAGUGCGAGCAUCGCGGAUUCUGCAUGGUCUUGGGUUUUCACCAGCCAUGCAACGGAAGAAGAUGAAGGAUUUCAGCGGAGGCUGGAGAAUGAGAGUGGCACUGGCCAGGGCAUUGUUCAUCAAACCCUUCAUGCUGCUGUUGGAUGAGCCCACCAAUCAUCUCGAUCUGGAUGCUUGCGUGUGGCUGGAGGAAGAACUGAAAUCAUUCUCAAGGAUUCUUGUGCUGAUAUCGCAUUCCCAGGAUUUUCUGAAUGGAGUUUGCAACAAUAUCAUUCACAUGCAUAACCGAAAGCUCAAGUAUUACACUGGCAACUACGACCAGUAUGUAAAGACCAGGCUGGAACUGGAAGAGAACCAGAUGAAACGAUUUAAUUGGGAGCAAGAUCAAAUCACCCACAUGAAGAACUACAUUGCACGUUUUGGGCAUGGCAGUGCCAAGUUGGCAAGACAGGCGCAGAGCAAAGAGAAAACGCUGCAGAAGAUGAUGGCUUCUGGGCUGACUGAGAAAGUCAUCAGCGAUAAGACAUUGUCAUUCUAUUUCCCAUCAUGUGGGAAGAUUCCUCCUCCUGUUAUUAUGGUGCAGAAUGUGAGCUUCAAGUACACAAGUGAUGGGCCUUUGAUCUACAAGAACCUGGAAUUUGGUAUUGAUUUGGAUACCAGGGUGGCCUUGGUUGGGCCCAAUGGAGCUGGGAAGUCUACAUUACUCAAACUGCUAGCAGGUGACCUCCUGCCUUGUGAUGGAAUGAUUCGAAAGCACUCGCAUGUCAAGAUUGGGCGAUACCAUCAGCACUUGCAAGAUCAAUUGGACUUGGACCUCUCCCCAUUGGAAUACAUGAUGAAGUGCUAUCCAGAAAUCAAGGAAAAGGAGGAGAUGCGGAAAAUUAUUGGGCGCUAUGGGCUCUCGGGGAAGCAGCAGGUGAGCCCAAUCCGAAACCUGUCGGACGGACAGAAGUGUCGCGUGUGCUUUGCCUGGCUGGCUUGGCAGUCUCCUCACAUGCUGUUCCUUGAUGAGCCCACAAAUCACCUGGAUAUUGAGACUAUUGAUGCCCUUGCUGACGCUAUCAACGAGUUUGAGGGCGGUAUGAUGCUGGUCAGCCACGACUUCAGGCUCAUUCAGCAGGUUGCUCAGGAGAUCUGGGUGUGUGAGAAGCAGACAAUCAGGAAGUGGCAAGGAGGCAUCCUGUCCUACAAGGAGCAUUUGAAGUCCAAGAUGUUGGGUGACAACCCUCAGAGCAGCAGGAAGACUCCCAGUGCCUGAUAUGUCAGCAGUGACUUGGUAUCAACAUUAAGAAAAGUUCUAUAAAACGUUACAGAUCAUCCUUUUAGAGCCCCAGGGGGCUUGACACGGCAGUGUGGGUGUGGCUGAGCUUAAGCAUGCUAGACAAUUAAAAUCAAGCGCAGAUCGCUGAUCCUAGAAGCUAUAGUUCUCCUCUGGUUAAGGUCGGGCAGGGAGAGCUUGAAGAACACUAUCCUCCAGUGGAGGGUUGGCUGCUUCAGUUUGUGCUGACAUUGUGGGUACUGCCUGUCUUGACCCUUUAUCUUGCUACAAUGCCACCUCCAUUCUUGGAAAAUCUGAUCCCUUGCCUAAUGUUUUGAGCCAAGCUCCAGGAUGUGUCCUGCCCCCACCCUGCUCCAGCACUUUUUUGGAAAGUGGAGCGGGGAGGGUGGCACUGCAUGAAUGCUUGGCCCCUGUGAUCUUGUACCCUUAACAGGCAGGGCUUUAGUCAUUUUCCAAGAAAAGGAAGAUUCCUUUGCUGUGAUGAGUCCUAACCAGGGCCUUCUGCACAUACCAUAAGAGCCCUGGAGCUGUACCUGCCUUGCUCAUCUCCCUGCUGUUCAGGUUGGUUGUAGGGUGUUGUGCAUUUGUUGAAAGGAAUGGCUGCAUUGUUGUAUGGUUAGUACAAUCAGUUUAGACCCACACUUCCACAUUCUUUUGUAGCUUCCCUCAGAGAAAGAAGAACACCUGUUCAUUAUAAACUAACCAUCCAAAGAUUAUGGUUCUGAUGGCCAAUUCCAGUUAAAAUCUAUAUUAAUGUUUUGCUCAUUUUUAUAAGAAUGCUAUAACUUGUUGCACUGUCACAAUGCCUUCCCCAGCACCUGAGUGUGGGGCUCUCAAGUGAAAGUGUGAGAGAACCACAAACUUUAUUUAUUUGUGGGUUGUGCACUGUUGUCGUCCUGACCUGGAAGGGCAAUACUGAGUGAAGUGUGGUUUCUAUUUAACCUUCAAGAAUCUCUUCCAUGUCCCUUCUAAACCUCCCCUACAGGAUCUGAGUAAAAACUUGCAUUUGUGUUUGCUGCUGUGUGAUCUCUGCCCUGUGCAGGUGUGUAACAUACAGAUUCUUUUAAUGUGAAAGGUUCUAAUCCAUAAUGUAGUCAAUAUCCCUCAGACUGUAAAAUUAUAGGAUUCCUGGAAAGGGGGCUGGGAGGAAUCCUACAAUAUUAACUUUGGGGUGAUCCCUGUUAAUCUGAUUACUUGAACAGUCCUUGCUUCUGUUGGGUCUGUACACUGCUGUUGGUCAGUGUCCUGUGGCCCCAUGCAAAACAUCUGUGGCUUCCCGUUCCUUGCUGCUGCUGUGUGCUGCCAGCCCAGUGUCCACUACUGCCCUGUGGUGUUCCAGACUGAGGAAUGCAUAGUUAGCACUGUGUUCUUUGUAAAAGCCUUCCAAAUAUUGAUCUUGGGUAUGUUUGAGAACAGGAGGUGAACUUAAGAGGCCUUGCUCAUGGGGACACAAAGCAGUAUAGAACUUGCAUGUAUCAUUUUUCCUGUUUGCUACUUCCCAUGCUCCCUUUCCUAGCCCAUCUUCUGAGGAGGAGCAGUUCUGGUCCAAUAAUGCUUUGUUUGUUGAAGACAAGUUAGUAAUGUCAUACCAGGUUUGAAGAGAUCCCUAUCGGGUCUGAACUUCUGGUUUUUGGAGGUCAUUUCAAAGGUAUUGACAUCCUGCCCUUGGAAGAUCAAUGGAGCUUCCUAGACUGUUCAAGGGUUGAGACCACUUUUUCUCUAAUAUAUUUUGGAGAUGAGGAUAGAUUGGAUACUUUCCAUUUGUCAGGAGUUCUGGAACUUGGUUAGUUUUGCUUCUCUCCCCCACCCCCUUGCUGAAACAAACCUUGGUGUGGGGACUCACCCUUGACAUUGAACUCCAACCAGGGAGAGUGGAACCGCCUUUCCUACUUAAACAGAAUCUGUGCAUUUUCCCUCCCCCACCCCUAAAUCUUAAAUUGGUCUCACCACUGACCUACCAGUACUGUAGCCCAGCGUUGAUCAUCAAUCUGUCCCCUCCAGUACUCCACCUUAACACCGCACAAUUUGAUGCUUUCUCCAGUAUGAUCGGUCUGGACGGAGUUUGCAGUUGGGCAUUUUUCUUUAGGUGGACAUGGCAUUCUCAGCAUUCCUUGUGGACUCCGCAAUGUCUUUGCAGUAAUGAUUCUGAUGUAUCUUGUUUUAAAAAUGUAUUGAACAUUUGAAUCCCUUGCUGUAAAGAGUACCUGAUGAUUUGGAGACGGUGAUUGCAGAUUGUCUGGUUCCAGUGUUAUAUUUUAGGGAAAAAUAAAGUUUACUGGAGAAUGUUUCUAACCCUAUUUAUCUUUUGGUGUAAUU